AUGACUAAAGAGAGAUUGUCUCGUAGACGAGUUUCGAUCAAUUUUUCAACAUCUGAAGCGGUUUCAUCAAUCCGUGAUACUAUCGAGCGGCUAAAUCAGUUAUGGGAUCGAGUGAGUAUGGAAGAGUGCAUGAGACACAAGCGUAUCGAAAAAUUCUUUUUGUAUAUAUCUGAUUUAUUGAAUCAAAUGGUAGCAGAUGAAGAAGAAAUGGUCGAAGGUAUACAAGUAAAUAUUGAAGAAAUGACUAAAGAAGUGGAAGAUCUAAGUAAAGAACUUCAGUUGCCUUUAACAAACAAAAGUCAUUUGAAGACAGGAUCGCUUGCAUUAGUAAACUUUUUCAAAUUUUCGCCAGCUUUUUAUCGCAUGUUGCAUCAAGAUAUAGCGCGAUUACAAAGUUUGAGAGAAGAUAAGUUGCAAGGGCAAAAAAAAUUAGCUGAAGAACUUGCUCAUCUUGCGACACGAACUGGUGAAGAAAUUGAAGAUCUUCCUUCAAGCACAACUAUUUGUAAUGCUGAGGCGAUUGCUCGGCUACAAGAUCGCAUAUAUCAUAUGAAUAGUUUAUAUGUGGAACGUAUAGACAAAUGCAGACAGUGGCAGAUGGAUAUGAAACGUUGGUACAAGCAGAUGGGAAGCACACCAUCAAAGGAAUUGGGCAGAACAUUCAUUGAUUUAGAUCUUGAAGAUGAAGAAAUAGUAUGGGAUAAACAUUUUAUGGAUGAAUUUGAAAAUGCAUUUGAUGAAGUCAAAGGAGAAUAUAACGAAUGGGUAGAGCAAGCUUGUUUUGAUUAUACUGAAACAUUACUAAGACUUGUUGAAUUAUGGGAUCUCUGCCAUAUCCCUGAUGUAGAGCGAAAUAUUGCUCGACAGUUUGAUCCAGCUAUACACACUGUACAUGAUAUCCAACAAGCGAAAGAACAGGUGUUAUCUUUGGAGAAAUUUUUGUCUGAUCGAGCUGAAAUUUAUAAAAAAAUGAAAGAAUGGAAAGAUCUUUGGAAUGAAAAAGUUGAAUUUGAGCAUCGCGCCAACGACAAAACACGUUAUCAUAAUCGUGGUUGCGAGUUGCAGACUGCACUAAAGCGGCAAAAAUUUAUUGGAAGUCGGCUUCCCCUAGUGCUGAAAGAACUAAAAGAUGAAGUUGAAAAAUAUGAAGCAGUUCAUGAUAAUCAGAUUUUAAUGGACGGUUUAACACCAUGUGAGCAUAUCGAGUCUGUAAUGGAAGAAUAUAGAGUUAACAAGGAACUUGAACGUAAACGAAAGAAAAAAAGAGCAGAAACACCGACGGAGAGCGUAUCAAACAUAUCAGCUUUGGUCAAUUCAAAAAAGCGUUGCGCUCCAGUUACUUUCGCCACCCCUCAUUCUUCAGGCAAAGUAGCAAAAGUAAAACCUCUUUCAAGAUGUGAUAAUGCAUCAUCAAAGACUCAGAAUUUGCUUCUCUCCCAUGUCAAAUCUGUCUCAGCAAGUGUAGCAAGCCUUCAUUCAGUAAUUACUCCAGUGCGAACACCUGCAGCAGGUCCGAAAACUUCUUCGCCCAUGAAAUCAACAGAAAGAAGAACCAGGAAGCCAGUAAAAAACUGUAAUCUUUAA